UCAUUAUAUUGACAACAAUGCGUGAAUAAAACAAACAUAUAUGAAAGGUAGAGUCAUCAACCAAAUGUUUCCAACAAAAGGGGAGGCCCAGCCCCUGGAUCCACAUAUACUAAAGAAUCAUUUCCACAAAACAGAUCGUACAACGAAGAGAAUGGAGCGAAGAGUCCAAUUAAAUAAAUGCAGCGGUAAUGAAAAAGGAACGAAAAGAAAAUUGAAGGGAGAAGGAGAGCAAUUUCCACCUAUCAAAGUAUCUAAAAUGAACGAGAAAAGAGUUGGUACUGCAAUUGCAAAAUCAAGUGCAACAAGAGUUACCCAACCAAAAUAUGAAAUAGCAGGAGCAUCAAUUGAAGAAUGCCUAGAAGAGUAUCCUGUUUUUAAGAAAUGGGUUGAAAAAAACCUUCCGUCUCAUCAUAGAAAAUCCCAAGGGGUAAAUUGGAUCUCCAUCUUUCGGGGAAAGGAUAACUAUUUAAAUGAAACUAAAAGAAUCCAUUCAGUACAAUCUGCUUUCAAAGGUACCAAUAUAGUAACGACUAAAACCUUGAAAACGCUUGCUGAAAAGUAUUGUUUGACCAAAGGGAAAUGGAUGUUCUUCGGAGAAACAGGAAACACUAUUGAUCGACUCUGGAGAGCCAUAGCAGAUGGUGUAAUUAAAGGAACAAUUCCUGCUGUUUCUGCUGUAGUUAGCGCUACAGGUGACGAUCAUGUUAUUUGUAUUCAGAAUAACAACUUUCUGAAUAAAGCAGAUGUUUUUGCUAUUAGAGAUGGCAUCCGUAAUUCUGGCAUUCAAAAUUCAUUGAAGUACAAGCCAAAUAUAUAUAAGCAUUUGGGAAUAGAUGACCAAAACAAAUGGGGGAUAGAUCCAAUCUUGUAUCGAGAUGAAUCAUUAUUUGACUUAUCAUACGAUGAAGAAGCUAGCAGAUCAGCUGUAGCUGGUAUCACACUCUCAAGAAAGUCUUCUCCUAUACUCUCUUUAUCUGAGCCAAGCGAGAACAGUCACUAUCCAAUAACGCUCGGGAUCAAAGCGAUUUCAGCUGUAAUAAGAUACGGGAACGACCAUGACGAAAUAAAAAUAUCCAUUGUAUUUCACGAUGGAAACACUAUUAUUAGAGGAGUUGCUUUUGGAGAUGCGGCCCGAAAAUUUAAAAAUAGGUUAAAAGUAGGUCACACAUACACAUUUCGGAAUCACAAGAUUGAAGUAAGCGAUAAAUAUUAUGAUAACACAAAGUAUGCAAUACAGCUUCGAGAAAAUACCACCAUCAAGAGAAUACAACCAGGAUAUGCUGAGGUACCCAAAGUGAAAGGAAUGAAAAUAUUUGAAAUAAACCAAAGUUAUAAGAACUUGUUGGUUUCAACAUUAAAAGUGAGAAUAGAUAAAAUUGGAGAGUUGUUAAAACCAGUAAAAUAUUUUCUGCGAGAUGUAUUCAUUAGUGAUGAAACAGGCAAAAUGAGGGUUUCAAUGUGGUCAUUUAAGAAAACCGAAUUUCCUCACAGUGUUGGAGAUCAUAUUAUACUGAGAUACAUGACUGUUAAGCUCGAAAACCAACAUUGUUUCCUACACAAAUCUGAUAACUCGAGAAUUGUAAGAUGUCAGGAGCAGUAAACUGAAGCAUGCUUAGAAUAAUAAGAACACAUGUGCCCA